AUGGAAGAUGACGUAACUGAGGUGUUUGAUGUUGCAGGUGCUGCGGGUGUUGCUCAGCCUGAGGCCCUUCCUUCAGUGCAGGGGACGCUGCCGCACUUCAUCCAGGAGCCGGAGGAUGCCUACAUCGUCAAGAGCAACCCCAUCAAGCUGCGCUGUCGAGCCACGCCUGCCUUACAGAUCUUCUUCAAGUGCAACGGGGAAUGGGUGCACCAGAACGAGCACUUCUCCCAGGAGUACAAGGACCUCAACACCGGGCUGAGGGUGCGUGAGGUGAUGAUCAAUGUUUCCCGUCAGCAGGUGGAGGAUUUCCAUGGCCCUGAAGAUUACUGGUGUCUAUGCGUGGCCUGGAGCCACUUGGGUACUUCCAAGAGUCGCAAGGCUACGGUCCGCAUUGCCUACCUGAGGAAAAACUUUGAGCAGGACCCACAGGGGAAGGAGGUGCCAAUCAAUGGGAUGAUCGUUCUGCACUGUCGCCCUCCGGAGGGAGUGCCCAUGGCGGAGGUGGAGUGGCUAAAAAACGAAGAGCCGGUGAGCACGCUGACCGAUGACAACAUCGACACCCGAGCCGACCACAACCUCAUCAUCAACGAGGCGCGUCUGUCCGACUCGGGGAACUACACGUGUAUGGCCAGCAACAUUGUGGCAAAGCGACGCAGCGCCAGUGCCUCUGUGAUCGUCUUCGUGAACGGCGGCUGGUCCCUGUGGACGGAGUGGUCGUCCUGCAACGUGCCGUGUGGGCGCGGCAUCCAGAAGCGAUCUCGGACCUGCACCAACCCGGCGCCGCUGAACGGCGGCGCUUUCUGCGAGGGAAUGUCCGUGCAGAAGAUCACCUGCAACGCCCUGUGUCCAAUUGACGGAGGCUGGGACGAGUGGAGCGAAUGGACCGUGUGCAGCAGCCAGUGUGACAGACAGCGGAGUCGCGAGUGCAACUCCCCGCCGCCGAAACACCGAGGCAGGACGUGCGAGGGGAGCGGCAAAUCCACGGAGAACUGCACGGACGGACUGUGCACCCAAAGUAUGGACAGCUCUAACGACGUGGCUCUGUACUCGGGCCUGGGAGCCGGCAUCGUCGCCGUGGCGAUCCUCGUCGUGGCCGUCAUGCUGUACAGGAAGAACCACAGCGAGUACGGCGUGGACGUCAUCGACUCCUCCGCGCUCACGGGUGGUUUCCAGUCCUUCAACUUCAAGACCACCAGACAAGGAAACCCGCUGCUUCUCAACUCGUCCAUGCAGCCGGACCUGACAGUGGGACGGACAUACAGCACCCCCCUCUGCUUCCACGACAGCUCGGAUAAGGAGCUCUUCGACCCGCUGCCCGACAUCAAGGUCAAGGUCCAGAGCUCCUUCAUGGUCUCGCUCGCCGUGGCCGACCGGGCCGAGUUCCACGCAAAGGGCCCCGCCGAGACCUUCCCGCGGGACGUGACCCGGGACUACUGCGGCAGCACCGUGGACAGACGCAAGAAGGGCCUGCUCACUCUCAACGGGCCCUUCCACGCCAGCAAAGAGCAGCUGAGGACCUCGGGCUUGUUUGGACACCCGGGAGGACGACUGGUGGUGCCCAACACCGGGGUCGGGCUGCUGGUGCCUCACGGAGCCGUGGCUGAAAAUCUGUCCUGGGAGAUGUACAUGGUGAUCAAUCAGGGAGAAGCAAGUGUGCAAACGCUGGAAGGCUGUGAAAUCCUCCUCGGCCCAGAGGUGACAUACGGUCCUCCGGGCCUGGACCUCUUCUGCCCAGUGGCCAUGACCAUCCCUCACUGCGCUGAGGUGGACACCGAGAACUGGAACAUCCAGCUCAAGAGGAAAACCCAGGACAGCAAAUGGGAGGUCAGAAAAAAUGCCGCCCCGACAAAUGCUGUCAGAGUCGAGAGGAAAAAUUGCAGAUCUGCCUGAGUGGGAACAUGAAACAUGGCCUGAAGAAAAGCAACAAACAUCUUAUUAUAAAAUCCUUUUGACCACAACACUGAGCUCAAUGUGAGGGCGAUUGAGUUUGUUUAGAAGAAGCCAAAUUUGUAGAAGUAUCACUAGACAUUUCAUAAAAUGUCUAUUUCAUGACACAAGAGGAGAAGGGACAUG